AUGGCAACAAAAUUUUACACAAAAGACGGAAACUUAGAUCUUCUAUCUUUAUCGGUACCUGUCUAUCUAUACAACGAUCCUUUGUCGUUUUUAGAUGCUAUACAUGCAAUUAAAAAAAAUCCUCAGACUAAUUUGUUCGACUUGACAAGCCUUUAUGACUUUACAAUUUUAAAACCAACCGCUAUUCACUUCUUCUUUUGGUUAUUGUCUGAUUAUGGUAUUCCGAAUGGAUAUAGAAGAAUGGAUGCCUUCCCCAUUCAUACUUAUGAACUAGCAAAUAUACAUGGAGAGACACAUUAUGUCAGGUUCAAUUUCAGAACUGAACAGGGAUUCUCACCGCUCACUACACCACAAGCGGCCGCCAUUCAAGCUGUAGACCUGGAUUACUUUACCAGAGAUUUAUACAACGCGAUUGACUCAGGUGACUAUCCUGCAUGGAAACUGGAGAUGGAUGUGAUGACGCCACAUGACAUACAAAAACUGGAUUAUAAUCCAUUCGAUGUCUCAAGACUGUGGAAGAAUGGUACGUUUUUCACCGUGCCGAUAGGUAGGUUGGUAUUGAACAAACAUGUUGAAAAUCACUUUAGAGAUGUCGAACAAGCAGCAUAUAAUCCUGGUCAUUUAGUACCCGGUAUUCCUGGACCUGUAGACUUUUUAUUCCGUGGUAGAAGAAUGUUCUAUAGGGACACUCAAAAUUACCGUCUGGGCAGAAACAAUAAUAAGAUUUUAGUAAACACGCCAUUGUACGAGAAGACAUAUGUACGAGAUGGGAGACCACCGACUAAACUUAACAUGAAGAAUGCUCCUAACUACUAUCCUAAUUCAUUCCAUGGACCGGUUCCAUAUGUGGAUGAGCACAGACCGUGGAAGAAGUUGCUAGUAUUAGAAAGUAAUGCUGUUGAUUUGGAACCAGCAUGGUAUUUUUAUAACCAUAUUUUGGAAGACGAGGCUCACAGAGAGAGAUUCAUUACCAAUCUUGCCGUCAGUCUUGUACCGGUCACACCACCGGUGAUACAAAGAGCGUUUAAAAUGUUGCAUUUGAUUGAUGAAGAUUUAGCUAAACGUGCUAGGGCUGCUUAUGAUGUAGCGCUUGCAGCAGCGAUGGCUCUGCAAGCCGCUGCCAAAGCUACUGAUCAGGGUGUGACUCCUAAGAGGAAUUACCCAACUGCAGAAGGUCCCUCUAAACAUAACGACACAAAGAGAGUUUAUCGUUUAGGUAUUCAUCAUGAGCAUGACUUCAUGGAUCAUCACUAA